GCUUGGGUACGGUCGCCGUGCAAACUAAUCUGACGGACGGCCGCAAAAAGCCAAAAUGGCGGAGCUUGGCAAAAACGAGAGACGCGUCCUGCUGUGUGUGUCCCGCGGUAAUUGAGUGAAAUACGUGUGAUUUGUGUACGAAACCGGGCCGGAAGUUUGUUCCUGACACAGCGGAACAAGGAUCCGAUCGAGUUGUGCUGAAGUUGGCCCCUCCGUAGCGUAGAAACGUCGUCGGAAAGCGCUUGGAAGCAAAACGGCUCGUGACGAGGAGGACCAGUGCGAGAGAAGAGCAAGCGAAGAAAAGAAAGAAGAGCAGUGUGCAUCGCGCACUGUGGUGUGUGGAAUUGAGAGCUAGCUGGUGGACCUCUGCGGGAAAAAAAGUAGCAGGAAAUAAUAUUGGCAACACACCAAAGGAAGCGCGGAAGAGCUUUGUGCGUUUUUCCUCUCCUGGUCGGUCGGUUUGGGGUGCAUCUGCACUUGUCAAAGCCUUCCCUCUAUUAUUCGAAAAAAAGGGAGCAAGUUUUGUGGGUCGAGUUCACUGUGACCAGGAAGGACGACGUCGUCGACGACGGUUGUGGUACUCCCCGGUUGAGACGCGCGAACGUUGAUCCGGUUUUCCUUUGUCGCUGGCCAAUAGAUUUCCGCUAUCAGUUUUGGUCAACAUUGCACAGUUAUAUCUUAUUCGCUCGGUUGGUGCCUCCACGCAGAGAAAGUGGUGACCACGGCGAAUGCCGAAGCAAAGCAGAAGAACCACGAAGCGAAGCGGGCCAGCAAAACAACGAGAAGAAAGUGAGGCAACACACAAAACAUGUAAAAAGAGAUCGACGCGAGUGAGAGUGUGAAUUAAUAAUAAUUAGCGCAUUAGCGAGGGAGGGCCCGAAAAAAAGUGAUGAAGCAUCCGUCAACUGAUCUCGGUUCAUUGAGGGAAAAUUAAAUGUCAUAAUAUUGUCAUAAUAGCCAUCAAAAGAGUGAGGGUGGCAGAAGAAAAACAAAACAAGCACACAACACUAGCCCCACAAUCAGCACCCCCCGAAGAAGCGCUCUACGCUCCUCCGCUCAUCCUCUUCUGGUGCUUCUGUGCUCUGUCCACCGCACGGUCAGAGCAACGCGCGGGCGGCAAGUUGUUCGGUGUAUGUGUAUGCAUGUAUCCAAGUGUAUGUUGCGUGCUUUCGGUGUUUGUGCUGCGAGGAAGUUGUUUCCCUUAGUAUAGUUUAUAAUCACAUUCGAUAGCGCAAAAAGUAAAAAAAUAAAAUAAAAUAAGGCAAACUGAGAAUUUGAUUCGCGCGCGCGAGAGAGAGAGAGAGCUAGAAAGUGAAUUAAGUCGGAGUGCGCUUGGCAGUAGUAGGCAACAUAAGAACCGAGGCAGAACGAGAAACAGACGCUGAGCGGGUGGUGGUACAAGCCAGCCGUCCCAAAACCUGUACUGCUGCUGCUGCUGCUCCUGCUGUUGGUGGUUGUCUCCGGUGGCGUUAGUGUAGUGGAACGGGGUGUUUGAGAGGGAAACGCCGAAAACAACCCCGCGGCCACUAUGACAACAAACAUGUACCGGGUCGGAGACUAUGUCUACGUGGAGACAUCGUCGACGACCCCGUUCCAGAUCCGCCGGAUCGAGGAGCUCAACAAAACGCAAAACGGCAACGUGGAGGCGAAAGUGAUGUGCUUCUAUCGACGGCGAGAUCUGCCCACACCGCUCGUGCAAUUAGCUGAUAAGCAUCAAAUGGCCACAUCAGAGGACUCCCCCGUAGCAAUGAAGCUGAAAAAGAUGUGGCUGAAAACACCGGUCGGCGAGGAGCAAGCCGCCCAAGCAGUACUAGACCCUGCCCUAGUUGCCCUCGAAGAGGAACGGAAUAGUCCCAACAGCACCGGCAGCGGAAUCGACCGAGGCGAGCAGCUGAAUCCAAAGCAACGGCACCAGAUGAAGCACCGCGAGUUGUUCCUGUCCCGCCAAGUAGAAACCCUGCCGGCUACCCAGAUCCGAGGCAAGUGCUCGGUGACGCUGCUCAACGAGGAGGAAUCGCUGCUCAGCUAUCUGAACAAAGACGACACCUUCUUCUACUGCCUAGUAUUCGACCCGACGCAGAAGACCCUGCUGGCGGACAAGGGUGAAAUCCGUGUCGGAAGUCGAUACCAAACGGAGGUGCAAGCGAUGCUGAAGGACGGUGAGAAGUACGAGCGAAAUCUUGAAGAAAUGGAAACGAUAGUGUGGACGCCGCGGCAUACGCUCAACGAUAAGAAGAUCGAUCAGUUCCUGGUGGUGUCCCGGUCUGUUGGUACCUUUGCCCGGGCACUGGAUUGUACCAGCUCAGUGAAACAACCGUCCCUGCACAUGUCGGCUGCGGCCGCUAGUCGUGAUAUUACCUUGUUUCAUGCGAUGGAUACCCUGCACAAGCACAACUACUCGAUAGAGGAUGCCAUGUGUUCAUUAGUGCCCUCCAGUGGGCCGGUGCUAUGUCGAGACGAGAUGGAGGAGUGGAGUGCUUCCGAAGCGAACCUCUUCGAGGACGCCCUAGAAAAGUACGGCAAAGACUUCAACGACAUUCGGAACGACUUUCUUCCAUGGAAAACGCUCAAAAGCAUAGUGGAGUACUACUACAUGUGGAAAACGACGGACCGAUACGUUCAGCAGAAGCGGGUGAAAGCCGUCGAGGCCGAGUCGAAGUUGAAGCAGGUCUACAUUCCCAACUACACCAAGCCCAGCCCGGCGCUGAUCACGAACAACAACAAAAACAUUCUGAACGGAAAUUCGAACGGAAGCAGUGGCGUGGAGGUGCUAACCAUCAGCAGUGGAAAACCGUGUGAGUCCUGCUCGACGUUAGCGUCACAACAGCAGUGGUACUCGUGGGGUCCAUCGCACAUGAGCUGCCGUUUGUGUCAGAUCUGUUGGAACUAUUGGAAGCGUUACGGAGGCCUUAAAGUAGCAUCGCGAUUAGCGGAUAGUGGUGAUAUCGUCGACACGACGACGACAGCAGGAGGAGGCGAAGGAGGAGGGGGAGCAGUAGUAGUAGCAGUAGCAGUGGCAGCACCAACAGCAGGAAUAGGAUCGCCCGGUAUCGUGUCACUGAAAAAAACACCACAACGAGUAAUCAGCGGCCCAGCAACCGGGACCGGCAGUGCCGGAAGUGAUAUCGAUGAUGAUCUGACCAUUGUGGCUAGUAGUGGACCGAUCGGAAGUUUAGACAGCGGCGGACUGAGUAAUCAUCGACCGCAUAGUCCGUCCUUCAAAUGUUCCAUCGUCAAUUGUGGUAAGGAGUUCAAACUGAAAGCACAACUGGCGCGGCACUACGCCCAGGCACAUGGAAUUCAGAUCCGAUCUGGAUCGCCCCGGCCGAUCAUGAAGACGCGAACGGCAUUCUACCUGUACACUAAUUGGACCACGCGGUUAUCGAGGCGGCUUUGUAGGCAAAUCGUUCGCUCGAAGAAAGCCGCUCGUCAACCCUCGUACUCGAUCAACACUGCUGCCGUGAAACAGGAAUUCACCGUCGCCGAGGUGGGCAAGAGUAUAGCGGACAUGCAACGGUUGCUGAUCUACAAGAAGCGAGACCGUGGCAGCGUAACCCAUAUAGCGAACCGUCUCGGCAAUCCCGGGCCCACCGUGGGAGAUUGGCUCAUACUGACCCCCAAGGACAAAAUGCCAAAACCGGAAGUGGUUGCAUUCCCGAAGCCACCGAAGGCACCCGAUGGUAGUUUAAUUUACGAUCGGAUACCAAACAAAGUCGAGGCUGAACCGAAACCACUGAAUGCUGCGGCAGCGGCGGCCGUAGCGGCUGCCAAUAACCUGCCCGGAGUUACUGUGAAUGCAAUUGUAGGAGGAGGAUCGGUGGCAGUUCCACCGGGAAUUCCCACGCUAGGGAGCACGGCAGGAGUGACGGCCGGACGUACUACACCGAAUGCAGCCAGCACCGGUCCAGGGAUGGUGGCGAGCAGUCCCAUUACCCCCACCCCACCUGUUUCCUUGAAGCGACGGAACUACGAGGAUGCCAAUGGAAUCGAUGGUCCGGUUGCACCUCCAACGAAACGACCCAACAAGGAUCCUAUGCCGUCUCAUCGGCCUACUCCCGAGCAGUACGCAGCCAUGAUGGCCGCAGCGCAGGCAGCUGGACAACCUCUCCCGAGGCAUCAUAUGAAUGGUAAACCAAAAAUUGCACAAAUGGCACGGACCGGUUCCGGGCGGAAGCAAGUCAUAAGUUGGAUGGACGCUCCCGAUGAUGUGUACUACCGAUCGACCGAACCUAGCAGAAAAACCCGCCGCAAAAUUCCGAUCAUCGAGCUGCGGCGUUCGGCGCGGAAACCCUGGCGAUGCUUGGCUCCAAAGUAUGCGGCAAUCAUAGCCACCCUGCUGCCACCGGUCACCCCCGUAUCGACAGCCGCCGCUGCAGCAGCGGCAGCCGGUAUUCCUCAAUUAUCCGCGACGCUUUCACCUCAGCUGACGGCGCAGCUCACCGCCGUCGGCCAACAUCCACACCCUGCCGCCGUCGCAGCGAACCUUAAUCUCAACUCGAACAUGGCCGCGGCCGCUUCAAUGGCCAGUGUUCACCCGCUGGCGGCCCAGCUGAUCGCCGGCAACAAUAGCAGUAGCACCAGCAGUAACAGCGGUAGCACAAACAUCAAUAGCAGUAGUAGCAAUAAAGCGAACAGUGAUCUACAGGUUGUAAUCCUAGACUGACCCGAACCUCCGAAACAUCUGCAACAGAAUCAACAACCACACCCGGCGUCGAUGCCGUCGCAGCAGCAGCAACUACAACAACAACAUCAGCAACAGCCGCCGCCACAUCCAUACACGAUGGAAGCACUGCUCAAUUAACUCGUAAAAUAAAAAAAAAACACAGAAACAAAACAUUAAGCAAGCUCUAAAUAAUGAAGAAGAAAGAAAUCGUUUUCGUUUUUUCUUUUCGAUUUUAUCUUAAUUUUAGGACGCGAGGAUGUUGAAAUAUAGCGCCUCAAAAAACUAUUUAAAAUAAUAAUAAAAUGUAAACUAUUGAUGCUCUGUGAGACAACAAAACCGUAGUAGCAAAAACAAAAAAGGAUGGAAAAAAACAAAAGAAUGAUGAUAGUGACAAUGCGUCAAGCGUUGUUUGAAGAGGAAGAGUGGAAGAGAGAAUAAAAAAAAGCUAACAGUAAGAAACUUUAGUUGCAUGUGGGGAAAACAAAUUGUGACCAUGGACAGAGGAAAUUGUGUGAGAAAACGUCCUGCUGUUGGCAGGAUGAUGGAAUGUGAGUUAAAAAUAUAUAUUUUUUUUUGUAAAAAGUAAUUACAAACAUCGCUCCCUCUUAAUUAAGAGUAAACUUCUUAAAAUAAAUGCAAAAAUGAACGAAGAAAAAUUCAAACCAACAAAAAAAAAUCUUGAAUAAAUGAUUCGUGACACGAGAAAGAAAAUGAUAAUAAGCUAAACUCAAUUCACUACAAACUUUAGAAGAAUACAAACAAAAAGGCAGGAAACAAAGGAAUGCACGCAAGAAGGAAAGGAAGGAAACACUGGUGUGAGAAGCAGGAAUAUCAUUGAUUUUUUUCCAUCUCUAAUUGAAAAGUGAAACCCUCUCUCAAAAAUAAACAAGCAACUAUUGAAAAACAA